GAUUACUCCCUUUUGUCACUGUCUGCGUGAGUGUGGAUCUGGAAAGAAAGGGAAGGGGAGGGAGAUUGCGGAUCCGAAUUGCUGUUAGGGUUUUAAAGGGAUUUUUCCUUUUACUUCAAUGGCCACGCCCUUUCCCAUUCCAGUUACCGCAGCGCAGGUUGGAACAUACUUCGUGGGACAGUACUACCAGGUGCUUCAGAGUCAACCAGAGUUCGUGCACCAGUUUUAUUCCGAUGCCAGCACCAUGCUCCGGGUCGACGGCAACACCAGGGAAACCGCCGCGGCAAUGCUUCAAAUCCACGCCGUAAUUAUGUCACUUAGUUACACUGGAAUUGAAAUCAAGACUGCACAUUCUUUAGAGUCUUGGAGUGGUGGAGUUCUUGUGAUGGUUUCUGGAUCUGUGCAAAUUAAGGACUACAACCAGAGGAGGAAAUUUAUGCAGACAUUCUUCCUUGCCCCGCAAGAGAAAGGCUUUUUUGUGCUCAAUGAUAUUUUUCAUUUUGUUGAAGAGGAUCAAGUUCACCAGCAACAAGCAGUUUUGCUACCUCAGAGCAAUCAUGAUUCUCAGUUGAAUACUUCAAGUGCAAUCAAUAAGUCAGUAUCCAACUACCUUCUGGGAGGAGAUAUUCAGGCUAGGGACUAUGUUGCUACAAAUGAGGUAAAAGAAAACGGUGUAGUUGAUAAUUAUGGAUUUUCAGAGAAAAGAUUGCAGCGGGGCCCUGAUUCUGAGCAUAUUAGGGAGGAUACUGCUGUUGAAGAGUCAAAUGGUUCACUUCAAUCUUCAGUGACUGCCGUCCAAGACCAUGUACCUGCUUCUCCUGAUCAACCUGCUGGGGAGCCCCAAAAGCACACUUACGCUUCCAUUUUACGGGUUGCUAAAGGACAAUCUACGCCAUCUGUUGCUUCUCAAUCCUCUCAUAAGAAUGUCUCCCCUUCAGAAUGGGAUCAAGCUCCACAGAGUAGUAUUCAGCAACUUCCAACGACUGCUUCGACAAAUGCAUUUGAAAGGUCUGAGACUGAUGCAGUGGAGGAGCUUCCCGUAACAGAAGAUGAAGGUUACUAUGAAAUCAAGUCUGUUUAUGUGAGAAACUUGUCCCCUACCGUGUCUCCUUCUGAAAUUGAAGAAGAGUUCAAGAAUUUUGGUAGAAUCAGGCCUGAUGGUGUUGUUAUUAGAAGUCGCAAGGAUGUUGGUGUUUGUUAUGCAUUUGUUGAAUUCGAAGAUAUGACAGGCGUUCAUAAUGCAGUCAAGACAGGAUCUGUUCAGAUAGCAGGAAGACAAGUAUACAUUGAAGAAAGGAGACCAAACAGUAACAUCCCUUCUCGAGGAGGAAGACGGGGCAGAGGCAGAGGUAGUUAUCAGUCAGAUGCACCAAGAGGGCGUUUCAAUUCAAGGAGCUUUGGCAGAGGAAAUGGUCAAGAUGGUGGUGAUAGGGAGUACAGCAAAUCGAAAGGAAAUGGUUUCUAUCGACCGAAUCCUCGCCAAGAGAGGGGAAAUUCAGGGCAUCAUCACGUACCAAGAAAUGGGCAGAACCUUGCUGAGUCCUGAGUCAACAGAUAACUUCUGCUAGAGAGUCCAAUUUUGGGUCCACAUAUUUCAACUAAAUAGUCAACUUCAGUAGAUUAGACCAAAUUUGAUAUUCUUCAUGUCUUAAAUUAAGUGUUAAGGGAAUAUGGAUGGGAUAAUUUCGUUUUUUAUUGAUAAAUUUUGUUCAAGGGGCUUCGUGUUUCAUUUAUUUCUCCAUGAAUUCGAUGUUUAGCUGGAAAUGUGUUUAAAACAUUUGACAUUUAUUUAUUCCUAAUUGAAAUUUGAAA